AUGGUCCGAAAAUGCAUCCUGAAUUCAGUACAGAAGGACCGGGAACUCGACAGCAACGAGCUCAUAGAAAGCUCUUAUUUCCAUCUGAAUUUCGACAAGUUCUCCCAAAGCGAUCGACUUUACUUCGAAGAAGUUACCAGGAAGUUGAGGACAGAAUGGAUAUCCCCUGAGGCGGACGCGAGAACUAAUUAUAGGUUGGGUGACGGGAAGCCUGCAUCUGUCUGUCACGCGCGUCUCUCCUCACGCCUCUCACUGACGAUCCGGCCAGCGUACUCAUUUCAUCCCACGGUUUGUUUGAAGCCUCACACUUCUUUGCACCCCCUUGUUUAUGAGAUUCCCCAAUGCCACAUUCCUUCGGGCAGGAUCGAGUUUCAGUAGUUUGAAACUUCACCUUGAUCCGCUGGAUGUUCGGUACUCCGUCAAAACAGAACUGUUCAAAAUAUUUUAAUUAUCUUUAUCAAGAUAUAAAUCUUUAAUUUUUGCGUGUUAUAAAAGCUUUCGCGAACACGAACUUGGUUAUUUCAAUUAUGUAAUAUCGGUUUAUUGCUACAAGUCACUAAGUACAUUUUGGUUUUUAGAAACUUUUUUUGUGGAUUUUUCCCUUAUUUAUUGAAUAAUAAACAUUGUAAAUGCACUGAGUUGACAAAAAUCU